GGAGGCAAUUUAUCUAAAGAUAUGUGAUGUACUUUGAACCCGCCGAGUGGAGGCUGAAAACUCGAAGCGGCAACGCAAAUAUUUACGACACUUCUCCCAGUUCCGCGGUUUGUAAUUGACGUUGACCGAUCGGUGGAUCCGAUUUUCGGUCACUGCCACGUAUCAGCGGGCGAGGUUCACACUCUAUUACGAGCUGGCAUAUUGCGGAAAAAGGGCGGAAAAAUGAUUAACACGGGGAAGUUAGCUGGUCGCACUAUUUUCAUUACGGGAGCUUCGAGAGGUAUUGGGAAAUCUAUAGCUCUGAAAGCGGCGAAAGAUGGUGCGAAUAUCGUUAUCGCUGCAAAAACUGCCGAGCCACAUCCGAAACUACCGGGUACCAUUUAUACGGCGGCUACUGAAAUCGAAGCAGCCGGUGGUAAAGCUCUACCUUGCAUCGUGGACGUACGCGAUGAGCAGCAGGUGAUUAACGCGGUGCAGAAUGCCGUCGCCAAAUUCGGUGGUAUAGACGUGGUCGUGAACAAUGCGAGCGCUAUUUCAUUGACGGGCACUGUUGAAACCGAAAUGAAGAGAUACGAUCUAAUGAAUAAUAUUAAUGCCAGAGGAACUUUUCUCGUAUCGAAAGUUUGCAUACCGUAUCUGAAGAAAAGCACGAAUCCACAUAUAGUUAACAUAAGUCCGCCGUUGAGCAUGAAACCGAUUUGGUUUAAAAAUCAUGUCGCAUACACUAUGGCCAAGUACGGAAUGUCUAUGUGUGUUCUUGGUAUGGCGGAAGAAUUUAAGCCUGACGGCAUUGCGGUUAACGCUAUUUGGCCUAAGACAGCUAUACAUACCGCUGCAAUGGAUAUGUUGUCAGGCUCAGACUCAAGUAAUAUGUGUCGGAAGCCUGAAAUUAUGGGCGAUGCUGUUUAUGCAUUGCUUUGUAAAGAUAGCAGAUCCGUUACUGGACAAUUUCUGAUUGAUGAAAAUAUAUUAAAGAACGAGGGCGUUAAUGAUUUUACGGACUACGCGUGUAAUCCAGCAAACAAGGACAAUUUAAUGUUGGACUUCUUCCUGGAGGACAUGCAAAUCCAAGAUAAUCCUGAUAAAGCGACUGAAGAAACUGGACAGUUGGCGCGUGUAUUUAAUGCUAUCAAAGCAAAUUUGAGUAGCGAACUGGUUAGCAAAACUGGUGCUAUAUAUCAAUUCAAUGUGAAAGGGAAGGAAUCUGGUGUGUAUUUCCUUGAUUUGAAAAAUGGAAGCGGAGCUACUGGUAAAGGAGAACCGAGUCAGCCAGCAGAUGCAACUCUUACAAUGGAUUCAGAAAAUUUCUUUGCUAUGUUUUCAGGCAAAUUAAAACCGGCUUCUGCAUUUAUGACAGGCAAGUUAAAUAUUAGUGGAAAUAUGCAGAAAGUAAUGAAAUUGGAAAAGUUAAUGAUCAGUUUAAGAUCCAAACUGUGAAUACAGAUGAUUGAAAAUACAUAUCUUGCAGAAUAUUUUUAUGUAUUAUAAUAAUAAUAUAUAUAUAUAUACACAGUGCAUCAUUUCUUUUUUAAAAGGCAAGCGUAAAUAUGCGUUUUACAUACAAAUUGUUAUGUGCAUUUUUUUCU